AUGUUUCCCGCUUAUGGGACUUUGGAGCAAUUUUCUCCGUACUACAGAUGUCUUCAUGAGGGCACAUAUUUGUCCUUUCCUGAGGCUUUGUGGCCCUUGCCAUUGUCUCUGGUAAAGGCCAACAAUCGCCCUGAGAAGCCACCUUUUUCCUAUAUUGCCCUCAUUGCAAUGGCCAUCAGCAGUUCACCUAAUCAGAGGCUCACUCUCAGUGGAAUUUACAAGUUCAUCAUGGACAAGUUUCCUUACUAUCGGGACAAUAAGCAAGGAUGGCAGAAUUCCAUUCGUCACAAUCUCUCACUUAAUGAUUGCUUUGUCAAAGUACCUCGGGACAAGAGCACGGUGGAUGAGGAUGGUUCUUCAGCUGGCAAAGGAAGCUACUGGAUGCUGGAUCCUUCGGCAGCAGAUAUGUUCGAACAGGGAAACUAUCGCAGGAGACGCACAAGAAGACAGAGACACUCAAAGCUGCUCUUCCAAGAUCCCUACACAAGUCUUCUGCACAUGAAUUCGAGGCACUCAAGUGAGCACGACUUCUUGGCCAAUCUGGCAAAAGCACAGUCUGCAGAUAGUGCUACAAUUCAUCAGAACUACUUGGCACAUUUUAGCGAGAACCUCAGUUCUUUGUUCGGUGGGUUUCCGCGUAAUUUGCUAGAUCUCACAACGGAUGCCAGAAACAGUUCAUCGCCAAAAUCUAAUCUCUUCACCAUAGAGAAUCUCAUCAAGAAGUGA